AUGCGACUCUGCAUCGUCACCUUCGCGGCUCUUAUGACCGCCGCCUACGCACUAAACGAUGCUGCGCCCAACGUCAAUGCCAAUAAUCUUGCUGCCCGCAGCGAGCCCCCAAAGGCAAGCGCGACCCUGGACCACAAGAAACACAAGCAUCCUCACGACGGGCUCAAGCACAAGCACGAUAGCACGCACCAUAGCAAGCCUACUGGCAAGCCUGAGCAUACAUGGAAGCCCGAGCAUCCAUGGAAGCACAAGCACGAUAGCACGCACCACAGCAAGCCUACUAGCAAGCCUGAGCAUACAUGGAAGCCCGAGCAUACCUGGGAGCCUAAGUCUACCGGCAAACCUGAGUGGAAGGGCAAGGGGAAGAAGGGGAAGAAGGGCAAGGGAGUUGAGGACAAGGAGCACAAGGAUGGAAACUGA